AAUAGCUACAUACCAGCCGCUGUGUGCAAGAAAAACUCCUAAAAGGCAUGUCCGAACAAGCAGAAAAUGCCGGCAGCCAAGCGGGUAAGCAAAAAGAUGGAAGAAUAAAAGACGAUGAUAUGAAGGAAGUUAACCUGCAAGUGAACGAAGAACAAACUGGUAAAUCGAACGAAGGGAAAUAUGAAAUUAAAGUAACAGAAAAGAAAGGUUUGCUGCGGUCUGCCAUACCCAGAGUCCAAGUGCCGAUAGCUUGGCUCGUUCUGUUCUUCAACGUAUUCUUGCCUGGCACAGGUACCCUUAUCUUGUCUCUCUUCUCACUGUGUGGAGUUCCUACUGAUCUUAAGAAACAAAACUUCUGUCUUGCCUUUCUCAUCAACCUUCUCACCGCUUUUCUACAGAUGAUAACUGCUGUAAUUAUUAUUGGAUGGAUAUGGAGUGUAUACUGGGGAAUGUUUGCAGUAACUGAAGCAAAUGAAAGAAGCGAAAAUUUGAAAAAGCAAAAAAAGAUGGAAAAGGCUCAAGCUGCAUCAGAAGAAGCAAAUCUUAAAGAUAAUGCAGUCGAUGACAAUGUAGUUUAAUUGUCAACACCAAUCCAAUGACACAAGAACAUUUUAGCCUGUCCGUCCAGUACACCCGAAUUGCACGCAUGUCAAACAUGCAGAACUGCCUUACUACAGUCCGUUCUUGAAUCUGAGAACAUAGCAGCGAUUAGUGCUUCCAAAUACUUAACCUCAGCAUGAAUAUCCUGCCCUGCAUAACAUGUAUCUCUAUGCUCGGAAGAAGAUGGAAUCUUCUGGAAAAGUUCUGCAGCAAAAUUUACUGUGUGAUAUAUAUUAGCGCUGGGGUUCUCAAGCUUUUAGUGUUCUGGAGCCCGUGAGGACAAUCAUUUACGAAGCCUCACGAUAAAUUUAUAAAAAUAAAAAUUUGCCACAUUUCG